UCCGCCAGGCUCCGCGCGCAGCCACCUCGCUCCCGACGCCCCGGGAAACGGCUCCCGGCACACCCGGCGGUUCUGACUGGGAGCAGCCGUUCCCACAUGCCCGGCCUGGGUCCCGAUGGACGCCGACCUGCGCCAGACCCAGGAGCCCGCAGUAGCCCGCCGCACUUCUUGCAGGAGUGACCAGGAUAUCACCUUUCAGAAGUAAUGCCCACAGAAAGCGGGAGUUGUUCAACUGCUCGCCAAGCAAAACAGAAACGCAAAUCUCACAGCCUUUCCAUAAGAAGAACUAACAGCUCAGAGCAGGAGAGGACUGGCCUGCCGAGAGACAUGUUAGAGGGACAAGAUUCUAAACUGCCUUCCUCGGUUCGCAGUACUCUUUUGGAACUGUUUGGUCAAAUAGAAAGAGAAUUUGAAAACCUUUAUAUUGAAAACUUAGAAUUGCGCAGAGAAAUCGAGACUCUUAAUGACCGUUUAGCUGCCGAAGGACAAGCAAUCGAUGGGGCAGAGCUGAGUAAGGGCCAACUCAAAACCAAAGCCAGUCACAGCACCAGCCAGCUUUCUCAGAAACUGAAGACCACCUACAAGGCCUCCACCAGCAAGAUCGUCUCCAGCUUCAAGACCACCACGUCCAGGGCAGUGUGCCAGCUCGUGAAGGAGUACAUCGGCCACAGGGAUGGCAUCUGGGACGUCAGUGUGGCGAGGACGCAGCCUGUGGUGCUGGGGACCGCGUCUGCCGAUCACACGGCUCUGCUGUGGAGCAUCGAGACGGGGCGGAGCCUCGCCAAGUACACGGGCCACGUGGGGUCAGUAAACUCCAUUAAAUUUCAUCCAUCAGAACAGUUGGCUCUCACUGCUUCUGGAGAUCAGACCGCCCAUGUCUGGAGGUACGCGGUUCAGCUGCCCACUCCGCAGCCUGCAGCCGACACUAGUCAGCAGCUCUGUGGCGAGGACGAGGUGGAGUGCUCUGACAAGGAUGAGCCCGAUGCAGACGCGGACGCAUCCAGCGACUGUCCCACCAUCCGGGCGCCACUGACAUCACUUAAGAGCCACCAGGGAGUGGUCAUAGCCGCCGACUGGCUGGUCGGGGGCAAGCAGGCGGUGACGGCCUCGUGGGACAGAACGGCGAACCUGUAUGACGUGGAGACGUCGGAACUUGUUCACUCCCUGACAGGGCACGAUCAGGAGCUGACGCACUGCUGCACACACCCGACCCAGCGGCUGGUGGUGACCUCCUCCCGCGACACGACUUUCCGUCUGUGGGACUUCAGGGACCCUUCCAUCCACUCCGUGAAUGUUUUCCAGGGCCAUACGGACACCGUGACCUCUGCCGUGUUCACCGUAGGAGAUAACGUGGUCUCCGGCAGUGAUGACCGCACCGUGAAGGUCUGGGACUUGAAGAACAUGAGGUCCCCCAUCGCGACCAUCCGCACGGACUCUGCCAUCAAUAGGAUCAAUGUGUGCGUUGGCCAAAAAAUCAUUGCCCUCCCCCACGACAACCGCCAGGUGAGGCUGUUUGACAUGUCGGGCGUGCGGCUGGCGAGGCUCCCACGCAGCAGUCGGCAGGGCCACAGGAGGAUGGUGUGCGGCUCGGCCUGGAGCGAGGACCAUCCCGUGUGCAACCUGUUCACCUGUGGCUUUGACCGGCAGGCCAUCGGCUGGAACAUCAACAUCCCGGCACUGCUGCAGGAGAAGUGAGGGCACCACUCUGAGGCUCCUCGGCAGCCAGGGACUGCGACUACCGGCUCGCCUGGCGCUGGGGAGCCGUUGCUGUGGGUGGUGGAUGCUGAGCGGGAGAUAUGUGCUCUCUCCAAGCUGUACCCAGCCUGCAUGAAGCGUCCAGAGUGUGCCCCUGUUGUUUAUUUCUGUGUUGUGUGUGUUGGCAUCAUGGGCCGUAGAGGUGGAGCCCCUCCCGCGGCUGUUGGUGUUGAGUCCCUGGAUGUGUUGGGGGUGACAGGAGGGCGUGGUGUCUGCGCAAGUGAAUCAUGAACCCUGUUCUCAUUGGGAGGUGUCAGUGGUCUCCACGUUUCUGGAACGAUGAUCCACUUCUGCCUUGUCCUGGCAGGAGCGAGCAGGGACCUCACGCUCAGGUCUGCGUGGGGUUCCAGCGUGUGUUAACUCAGCUUCACGUCUGUGUUCUGUUACAGUUCUGUAAAAUCAACUUGGAUUUUAGAAGUUUAAAAAAAAAAACAUAGAAUGUUCAAUUUGCAACAUUUGGAUAGUUUAUUUUGAAAAGAAAGAGUUUCUGCUCUUUUUAUAGAAAAUCAUUUAAUCUCCUGAAGUCUCAUGCUAGCAAAUUCUAAAAUACAAUGAUUCUAAUCACUGAUUCCAGGUAUUAAGCAAAAUUUAAAGCACUUUAGUUUAUAGCUAUGGUUAUAAACAGUUUUUAGAAGUUUCAAAUGACUUAUCCAUUGAAUGUGACUUGACCUUUCUAGAAGGCCCUGCUACCUGAAAACAAACCUUAUUUAUUUUCUACACCUUGGGUUUGCAUGUUUCCAAGUGGGUUCACUUUCUGGGUGGUAUUUGAGAGCCAAUAAUGCAAAUAAAUGAGUACUACCUCAAAAGCAAAAUAUUUGGAAAACUUGGGGUGUCACUGUUACCUGGUUCAUGCACUUUUUGAUGUAGAGCUAGAACAUGAGUUCGUUCAGAAGGUAGGAGAGGCCAGCGCAGCCCACGUACCUGAAGAGGAAAGGCUCCUUCCUCACUAGCUGCCAGCUCCCAGGUGGCGGGUGGCUCUCGGUGUCCCCUCUGCCAGGGAGUCUGUCAGUCUUGCCUUCUUGGGACUUUCUACCUGGUGUUCGUGAGCCAUGUUUCUUGUUGAGUUACAGUCUGAUAGCAAGACAUCUCAGUGCCCCCCUCACGUAUGUAACCCUUGGAGGCCAGCGCUGGGACAGGCACUGGAGGGUGACAUUGGAAACGAUCGUGAUGGCCCAGUCCCGGUCACCGCUUCCAUUUUGUGGUGUCGCGGGCAGAGCAUCCCUAGAGAUGGCGCCUCGCCCAUGGCUCCUUUGCCUCAGGGCCUGCGGUAGACCAUCUCAGGCCUCUUGCCCUGGGUCGUCGGGUCUGGUUCUGAGAUGACUCCUGGCUGGGCAGGAGGGUGGGGCCAGGGAGAUCCAGAGCGAGGGACAGACAGCAAGAGUUUUAGGGCAGCUUUAUAAAAACAGCAGCUCAAGAGCUGGUUGUUAGAGUCUGACAUUCCCCAACGCCAGGGUCAGGACGGUGCAGGCUACCGCCUGCCCUUCUGGAGUCUCCACAGCAGGGCUGUCCUCACAUGCUGGCUCCUCUUCUGCUUCAGUCUCACGUCUGAGUGUCUUAGAAUUACUUUUGGAAACGUUGGGAAAUGUCUGCAGGUCGCUAAGCCAGAUUUUAGAACCAGAUCUCUACUGGAUUAAAAAAUUGGAAGCGUGUAAACACAUGUGUAUGCGGCCACGUGGCCUGUGCAGAUGAGGCUCCGCUCACAACCGUGUCUUCCUUGCCCCCUCCCCGUUCCUGCCCAGGGCUCGGCCCUUCUCAGGAGCAGGACCCGCCACCAUGGCUGAGAGGGACAUCUUCAGGCAUCGUGAAGGAGAUGGGGGUAGUAAGUGUGUGUGUGUGCACGUGUGAGUGUCUGCAGGUUUGUGCAUGUGUGUGCCUGAAAUGAACUUGUGUGACCAGCUGCCUUGAUCAUAUCUGAAAUAGUGUUUGGAAGUGGAAUUGGUUUUGUCCAUGUGCCGACAUGUCCAGAAUUUCAUUUAAUAACAGAAAGAGAUGGGUGGUUACUGAAAACUGUGUGUUGAUGGAGAAUUUCACGAGAGGUAUGUUGUUGGAUGAAGGGGCGCCCUUUCUCAACCACUGCACAUCAGCUCAUGCAGAGCCAAAAUCUGUACCUAUUUUGGAAUCUGAAGAAUCCUAUGUAAGUCAUCUGUUGCUUAAAUCUGUGAAAAAAAGUUUCUUUUGGGGAGAAGGUGUGCAUUUAUCAGUGUUGUGUAGAAGCAGUUGUUUUCAUUGUGUUGAUGUAAUUGUUUUUAAGUGUUCAGUGUCUUCAAUGCAGUAUGAAAUUCAUUAAAAAUCCAUGUUCUGUAA